AUACUUACAUAACCUAACCUGUACACAAAAUGUAACGUUUAUCCUUUAAUCCCAAUUUUCCCAAUUAACCCAAAACGAUUCUCCUCCGAACAUGAAACUACUCAAAAACAAUGGACCCACGGACGAAUUCGACAAAAGAACCGGACACGUCGACCGAAAAACCGCUAUUCAAAGAUGAUUUAAAGUUUUUAAUUGUGCCCAUAGUUGUGAUUGUGGUUGUGAUGUUGCUCUCGAUUUUGGUGUACCUGAUGGUCAAACGACGCAGGAUGAACGUGUUGAAGCAUCACCUUUUGCACCUGUACGAUUUGGAUUCCAACGAAGAGGAUCAGUGGGACCAUUUGAACAGUUACGAGAACCCGCACUAUGGUUCUAGCGAUUAUACAACGGUUUUCUGAUUUUCUUGAGACAGUAUUAUUACCAAAAAAUAUAUAUUUUCUUGCCUAUUUCUAUUUUAUAUUUGUCGAAUUUGAAAUUGAAAGCUUUAAUAUGAAGAACAGGGUAUAAAAAGGAGUAAUUUAUUAUGAUAAGUGUUUGUACAUAUUGUAUUUCAUUAUUAUUUUACUUUAUACAAUAAUUAUAUUUUAAUAGUAUUAAAUAAAUAUACACAACUAUA